UUUAACGUUGCCACUCCCUUAGAUUUCGGUCCCUGCAACCUCUUCAAACCAAAGCUUCUCAAACACACUGCAAACACAUCGCAAGCACAACGCCAUUAUUCCCCCAAACCGCACCCUCCAAAAAAUAAUAAUGAUAAUUUAAAAUUAAAAAAAUGGAAAACAAAAACGUUUGAUCAACGAGAGUGGAUUUCGUUUCAUUCGGUUCCGUUUCCCAAUCCGUCGUCGUUUAGGCAUUCCGUUAGCUGGCGGCGCGAGCAUGUCGUCCGGCGGCCCCACCACGAGCUCCUCGAACACCAGCCCCAGGGUGGCCGCGGGCCCCACCACGACGCGGCGGCGCGUGGCGGACAACGUGGCGGACGCGGAGAAGCAGCAGCAGCAACAGCAGCAGAUGUCCUCCAGCUUCUCGGACUUCUCGGAGUCGGAGCUGGACGAGGGAGGGUCCGCGCACCCCCACGCCCACGCCCACGCGCACGCGCACGCGCACGCGCAUCCCCACGCGCACCACCACCACCUGCACGUGGUGACGCGGUCCCUCCUUCUACGCGCCCGCAGCGUGCUCCUCUGCGUGCCGGAGUCGCUCUUGCUGCGCGUGGAGCAGCUUGUGCUGUGGCUGGCGGGGUCGGUCCAGGGCCUGAGGUCCGGCAAGUACGUGGGCCGGAAGAUCUUCGCGGCCCUAAUCGCGAUGCUGGUGAUGUCGGUGUUCCUGAAGGUCUCAUUGCUGGGCGCUGGCGUUGAGAUGAACGGGAAAAGCAUCGAGAAUGGACAACUCAUAUUGCAGCGUUUCAAGGAGGAUUGGGUCUCCGCGCAGAGGGUCGUCACCGAGUCCAAAGCCUCCAUGCCCAAACGCGUCCUCGAGAGGUUGCCGACUCCAGAAAUAUGGAUGAAGCCAAACAGUGACAAAUAUUACCAAUGCGUUUCUCCACCGAGGAAAGUAAUAAGGCCAAAAAAAACAAAUGGCUAUCUUCUUGUUCAUGCGAAUGGUGGAUUGAAUCAAAUGAGAACUGGGAUAUGUGAUAUGGUGGCAGUGGCAAAAAUAAUGAAUGCCACACUUAUCCUUCCCUCUCUGGACCAUGAUUCGUUUUGGACAGACCCAAGUGACUUUAAAGAUAUUUUUGACUGGAGGCACUUCAUUAAAGUUUUGAAAGACGACAUUGACAUAGUUGAGUACUUGCCGGUCCAAUAUGCAUCAGUGAAACCUCAUGUGAAGGCCCCUGUUUCAUGGUCAAAGGCUAGUUACUACAGAAGCGAGAUUCUUCCAUUGUUGAAGCGGCAUAAGGUUGUGCAAUUUACUCACUCUGAUUCACGGCUUGCCAACAAUGGCCUUGCUUCCUCUAUUCAGAAACUUAGGUGCCGUGCCAAUUACCAUGCUCUCAAGUAUACUGCAGAAAUUGAAGAGCUUGGAAGAACUUUGGUUCAUAGGCUUAGAAACAAUAAUGAACCAUAUAUUGCCCUUCAUUUGAGAUAUGAGAAAGACAUGCUAGCCUUUACUGGCUGCAGUCACAAUCUCACUGCUGAAGAGGCUGAGGAACUAAGGGUUAUGAGGUAUGAUGUGAAGCAUUGGAAGGAAAAAGAGAUUGAUAGCGUGGACAGAAGAUUGCAAGGGGGGUGCCCUAUGUCACCCAGAGAGGCAGCUAUUUUUCUCAAGGCCAUGGGGUACCCUUCCACUACAACAAUCUACAUUGUUGCUGGACCUAUCUAUGGUGGAAAUAGUAUGGAAUCCUUUCAAGCUGAGUACCCUAAUGUCUUCACUCAUUCUACCCUUGCGACUGAGGAGGAGCUAGAACCCUUCAAGCCAUAUCAAAACCGUCUCGCGGCUUUGGAUUAUAUAGUGGCCCUGGAAAGUGAUGUCUUUGUGUACACCUAUGAUGGAAACAUGGCCAAGGCAGUGCAAGGUCACAGGAGAUUUGAGGGGUUUCGGAAAACCAUCAAUCCUGACAGAUUGAAUUUUGUUAGGCUGAUUGAUCAAUUGGAUGCGGGUGCCAUAUCUUGGGAAGCAUUUUCUUCUGAGGUUAAGAAUUCACAUUCCAAUAGGCUAGGUGCGCCUUAUCUUAGACAGGUAGGAGAGUCACCAAGAACAGAGGAGAAUUUUUUCGCCAAUCCUUUUCCUGGUUGCGUGUGCAACAAGUCUCAGGAGCAAAUUGCAAGCCUGAAACUAGAGCACCGGUUUGCUAUUGGAGCUGCACAAAGAUAGUGUCUUAGUUUUGGUUUUGUUACAUAUGAUUAGGCUAAACAGUGGGGUCUCAUCAUGUAUUAUAUGACAUUGCCUUAAAGUUAAAGGAAGCUCAUUUGGGUUUGUGUCUGGUGGGAAUGUGCUUCCUUUGUUCCAGCCUGGUUGAUGAGGCUGCUGAAGAAUCAAUGGGGCCCUUGUGGGGUUCUCAUUUCAUUCAAAAUAUGACAGUUUAGGCAUACAAAAAGGGAAAGAAUAGAAAGGUUUUGUGUAUAAUCAAAAGGCAUACCACAGGUUAGAUUAUACUGGGGUGAUUGACAUUGACAAUUACCCCUUUGGAUGUGAAGAGUUAUACUGUUAAACAAACCAUUUGAUUCGUUGAUUCAUUUUUGAAGGAUGAUUGCCAAAUGGAGCAUGUUUCCAAAUUUUGGAUUGAACAGUUGGUUGAUACAUAGGAAUCUUGUUUAUAUGUUCAAAAUAGAUAUCUUGUUUAUAUAUAAUUUUUUUUUUGGGUGAAGGAUAUCUUGUUUAUCAGUUUACAUUGAUGUCGUUCCUGUCUGCCUUGAAUUGCAGACUACUACGAGUGUAGAAACAUUGAUAAUUUAGUUAAUUUCAUUAUUA